CCACAAUGAAAUGACUAGAGAAAUGUCAGCCACAAUGAAAUGACUAUUGGAGAAAUAUCAGCCACAAUGAAAUGACUAUUAAAGAAUGAUGAGCACUGAGUUUUGGAAUGUAAAGCAUAAGAGCAUUUUUACACUAAAAUCAAGCCUAUUCUAUAACAAUAAUAGGUACAUCAACAAUGCAAUGAGAUAAGCCUUUAUUAAGAGGAAUGAGCAGUAGAAUGAGGAUGUCUAGCCAGAUUGGUUAGCCUCCAUCAGAUGCCAAUUUAUUUACUGCCUGAUGCUCUAACCAGCUGAAAAGAAACUCUAUUAUCCAAUUUAUUAUCUCUCAAGUAUUUUGUCCUUGAACACAUGCUGAAUCAUGCUCCUGAGUCCUGACACAAUUAAUUUUGAUAUACAGAUCUUGUGAAGCAUCCCUAUUGCAUAAGUGUAGGCAUUGAAUGAACAUGUUCUUGUGCAGGACUAUUACCACAAGUUAAGUGUAACUUAAUACCAACUGGUCUCCCUGCAAUAUCAAAUUCUACAAGAUGAUGUUCUUGAUUUUGUCGGGAAUUUUAAGCGUUCAUAUAGGGAACGUUGAAACUCAAAAUGUUGGUGUAAUUGCAAUCACUAAUUUAACUUUAAAUCCUCCCUCAUUGCUAGGAUUGCUAGAGAAUGAUGAACAAACAAUAACAUUGAAUUAUGUAUGCUGUGUGGGAGACAUGAUCCGCCAAGUUAUGACUGUAGUUACCGAACAUCCUAACAUCGCUGUCAUUUCUCAGAAUGCAACACAUUUGCUAGGACGUCCAGAUGAGGAUGAUGACGGACCAUUCCAGCGCCAAGUCUAUGUCGUAAUUCGGGGGGUUCGAUUAGGCUACACAUCGUUAACCAUCCAUUUACAUGAGUCAAAGGAAGCGAUAAAUUCCCGUACAGUGGUGCAUUCUGGGUAUGUCAUCAGUGUUGUCAGACAAGAUCGCCCCUUAGACAUUGCAUUUAGGGUCUUAACUGCUUUAUUUGUUGUCAUGUUCAAUUUCAUCAUGGGCUGUACAUUAGAAAUUGCAGUUAUUCUAAAGAUAUUAAAGAAGCCAAUUGCCCCCACUGUAGGAUUCUGCUGCCAGUUUAUCAUUAUGCCACUACUUGGGUUAGCAUUGACCAACAUAUUUGGCCUGAUGGGUGGCAUAGGACUGGGCCUUUUAGUGAUUUCCUGUAGCCCAGGAGGAGGGAGUAGUAAUGUAUGGACUGUACUUCUUGGUGGAGAACUAAAUCUCAGCAUUUGUAUGACAUUUCUGAGCACAGUAGGCUCUCUAGGUAUGAUGCCAUUGUGGUUGUUUGCACUAGCCAGAUUUUACGUCUCCAACAAUGUUGUCAUUCCAUUUGAAAACAUUGUCAUCUCUCUAGUCAGCAUCAUCAUUCCUGUUACCAUAGGGAUGGUGGUCAGAAAGUACAAAGAAAACAUCGCCUUGAAAAUCAGCAAGAUAAUCAAACCAUUUGCAGUGUUGUUCAUCAUUUUUAUAGCUGGUUUUGGAAGCUAUGUGAACUCCUAUAUGUUUACAUUGAUGGCAGAGAGACCAUUGUUAUUCCCAGCUGGUAUGUUGUUGCCAUGGUGUGGCUUUAGCAUAGGUCUGUUAGUGGCUUUCAUUCUCAGACAGCCAUUUAAAACAGCUAAAACAAUUGCGUUUGAGACGGGAAUUCAAAAUAUAGGAAUUGCAAUAAUCCUGUUACAAUUUUCCCUGCCCAAACCUGAUGGAGAUCUAGCUGUAGUAAUGCCUGUCAUUGUGGCAAUUUUUACACCUAUUCCGCUUCAAAUUAUUUUUGUGGGCCUUCUCAUACGGAGAUGUAUCAAGAAACGAUCAAACCCGGAAGAUGGUAAUAAGGAUACUGACCAAAUAUCCGACUCAGAUCUCAAUAUUAAUCAUGUGGCAGGUAAAAUUGCUGAUACUAAUGGCUAUAGAAUAAGCACUGACCAGAAUGGCCUGAUUAAGGGAGAUCAAUAUAGUAAUUUAUCAGGUGGUUUAGAGAACAGAUGUAGUUCUAUAAGUCUAUCUAUAUCUAGUUUUGAGACAUCAGUGUAGUAAAGAAAACAGAAUUAUACUUUGCAUGUUUACUUAACAAAGAGAAUGCAGUACUAUUCAUGCUAUAAAUAUACAGUACAUACUCUAUAUAUAUAAUAAUAAAAUCAAGCCUACGAAUGUAUAGUGCACACACAAAUUCCUUUCAGCUUUAUUUGGAAGGACAAUUGCAUGCCAAAUAUAUAUAAUAAUAAUAAAAACAGAAUGUGCGAAAUUAAAAAAAUAAACAACCUGCUUUUUGUUUUGUCUCGUCUGGCAAAGCAAUUAUUUCAACAUAGCUUGAAAUCAAAAUAUUUAUGAAGGGGUCUUUGACAGUUCAGAAGGCCACAUCUGCCGACAAAAGAAAAAAAUUUAUUGUAGAUUGUUUUAAAUUAAAUCUGGUAGUUCCAUAUGGUCUGAACUGGUAGAUACUGGUAGCAGUUGCCUUUUUAAGAAGGUAGUUUUCAAAAAGUUGAGGUUUCUCCACAUUUCUUAUUAACGAUGUUCUCAAAAUGGUUGUUUUCAUUGAAAAUAUCGUGGCAGAACCCAUCAUUUUGUGAUAGUUAGAAAAUAAGAUUUUUAACAGUGAUAACAGAAACUACCAAACAAAAAAGACCAGGACAACAAAACUUACAUGUCCUGCAAGUGGAAAAUACAAGGCAUUAACAUGCAAAAUGUCACCACAUGCCAUUUGUUACAGAUGCGAACA